GUCAUUCAGGGAGAGGGUUGCAAAGAAGUCAAAGUAAUUUUCAGUAGGCGUCCCCUUUCUUCUCCCUCCCGAGGCCCCCAAGCCUGGGGGUUGGAGUGGGGUGGUUAAAGUGUUGGUGGGGGAGGGACAUGGAGGAUGGAAGGAAGCAAGGAAAUAUUGGUGGGGAGGGAAGGAGUAUUAGUAAAGGGAUUAAGUUUUAUUAAAGCUAUUGCCUUACAAAUGAAGAGUGAAGGCUCGAGCCUAUUUUCCAGUCACCAUAUCUGAGUCAUAAAUUGGGAUCCGUCCCAUGGAAUUUUACCCUUUUACAACGAGCUGACUCGCCCCUCUCCCCAAAUCCUAGAAGGUGGUAGAUCCGGAGUUUCUGCCCCUAAACCCUCUCUGUUGAUUUGUUUUUUGGGGGAAUCCAAGCGGAAGAGGGGGAGGUAAAAGAACCCCGCUCCCCGCCCCAACACCCUUUUUCUUACCCUAAGAAAGAAAGAGUCGUGGUCAAACACCCUACAUUUUUUUUUUUUUUUGCAAAAACAAAAUCCGUAUCUUGGGGAAGAGGAUUAAUGGAGGCAUUUGCGAGACGAGGAACGUGAACCGGCUUAAAGUAUGGCAUGUUGCAAAGAUGGUUUCUACCAUGAAGGAGCCAGGAACCACGAUGUCCUCCGGGGUCAGUUUUACCCUCCUGCACUUCCUGUGUCUGGCGGCUUGUUUAAACGAACCCCCAGGAGAUCCCCAAAAGGAGGAGAAAUUACGUCCAGAGAAUUUCACUCGCAUCCUGGACAGUUUACUCGAUGGUUAUGACAACAGACUGCGUCCUGGAUUUGGGGGUCCUGUUACAGAAGUGAAAACUGACAUAUAUGUCACCAGCUUUGGGCCUGUUUCUGAUGUGGAAAUGGAAUACACAAUGGAUGUCUUCUUCCGACAAACUUGGAUUGACAAAAGACUAAAAUAUGAUGGUCCCAUUGAAAUUUUGAGGCUGAACAAUAUGAUGGUGACUAAAGUGUGGACACCUGAUACUUUCUUCAGGAAUGGGAAAAAAUCUGUCUCCCAUAAUAUGACAGCCCCAAACAAGCUCUUUAGAAUUAUGCGAAAUGGCACCAUUUUAUACACAAUGAGGCUUACCAUAAGUGCAGAGUGUCCCAUGAGAUUAGUGGAUUUCCCCAUGGAUGGUCAUGCAUGUCCCUUGAAAUUUGGGAGUUAUGCUUACCCAAAGAGUGAGAUGAUUUACACCUGGACAAAAGGUCCUGAGAAGUCUGUGGAAGUCCCAAAAGAGUCUUCCAGUUUAGUUCAGUAUGACUUGGUUGGCCAAACAGUGUCCAGUGAAACCAUCAAAUCUAUUACAGGUGAAUACAUUGUUAUGACAGUUCAUUUCCAUCUCAGAAGGAAAAUGGGUUAUUUCAUGAUUCAGACAUAUAUCCCAUGCAUCAUGACUGUGAUUCUUUCUCAAGUUUCCUUUUGGAUAAACAAAGAAUCUGUUCCAGCUAGAACUGUGUUUGGUAUAACUACUGUUCUGACGAUGACAACUCUGAGCAUCAGUGCCAGGCAUUCCUUGCCCAAAGUGUCCUAUGCUACUGCCAUGGAUUGGUUCAUAGCUGUGUGCUUUGCCUUUGUGUUCUCUGCCCUUAUUGAAUUUGCUGCGGUCAACUAUUUUACUAAUGUCCAAAUGGAAAAAGCCAAAAGAAAGCCAUCAAAACCCCAGCAGGAACCACUUGCCCCUUCAGUUCAGAGAGAAAAGUGUUCCGAAGAACCACUUCAGAAUACAGAUGCCAAUUCAAAUGUGAGAAAAAGAACCAAUGUACCAGCCCAGGCUGAUGCUGAUGUUGGCAACAGAGCCGAGACUGAAAACUUGUCAAUGGGAACUUCUGCAGAAGCUCAGGGGCCUUCUGGCACCACAUCCCAAUCCUAUCUAGCUUCUAGUCCCAACCCAUUCAGUCGGGUGAAUGCAGCUGAGACAAUAUCUGCUGCUCGAGCACUUCCUCCAGCUCCUCCAUCCACUCCUAUUUUAACUGGGUAUGUGUCCCAGCUGGUCUCCACUGUCUCUCCAGCCAGACACCAUGUUCUUGGAUCAAGACUGAAGCAGAUCCAAACCAAGGUCAAUACUUUUGGAUCUUCUGGAAAAUUGUCAGCUGCCACACCUCCCCCUGUACCACCACCUUCAGGCUCUGGCACGAGCAAAAUAGACAAAUAUGCCCGUAUUCUUUUUCCUGUCACAUUUGGAGCAUUUAACAUGGUAUACUGGGUGGUCUACUUAUCUAAGGACCCUAUGGAGAAAUCAGAAAGUCUAAUAUAGUGCUGUUUUUGUUUUUGUUUUUGCUGCUAUGUAGUAGUUUCCUUAACAAUAAUGCACAUAGUGCAGGGUUCCUUUUAAACUUUUUAAAAAGCAGAACCAUUUUUCUCUCCUGAAAUGAAAGCUUUGUAUAUGUUCUCCAAUGCUAAAUAUGUAUUAUAUAUGUGUAUAUAUAUAUUUAUACAUAUAUGUCAUAUAUGUGUAUAUGUUAAUUGACAAGAGAAUGAUUUAAUUCCUCAGUGAAAAGAAAAUCAUUUAUUUCCCUUCCCAAAUGGUAAUAUAAGUAGAAGAAACAUCAAAUUUAGAAGGAAAAUAUAACUUAAUUGUCCAGAAGCCCCCAUGGGGAAAUUUGGACAAGGGAUAAUGGGCUGUUCUUCAUUGAAAUCUGAAAAUGGGCAUUGGUUUUUUAGAAAUCAUUAUAAUGACUAUCAAUAGUUUUCUAAGUUUCUGACCAGAGAUACAGAUGUGAUAUCACAUUCAGGGACCUUUCAGAAUCUUCUUAAUGCCUGUGAGAAAAGGAUUUCCCCUGUUAGACAAAGGGGGAAAAUUCUUAAUAGCACAAAUAACUUCCUGAAGCCUUGAUGGAUCUUGAAUGCAGUGAAUAUGGGGGUAAAUAAAAGUUUACUCCUCAUUUGGAGCAACCAUGACUUGAUUGCAUCAGCUAAGAAAUUAUUGCUCUGGUUUUCCAGUGAAUCUAUGAUUUCACUGAAGUAGAUCUCAACCUAUCCAUACCUACCAUGAGGAAAAAUAUAGCAUAUUUAUAAAAAAAUUUCUGAAAAGAGCACACCUUCAAACUCCUCCAUACAUUGAAUGCAGUGCCCUAUCAACAUCUUACUACAGUUAGCAUGAAGAAUUACUUUCUAAGAAAACAACUACUUAAAUUUCCUAAAUGAAGUGAUUGGCCUAGCUAGAGCAAGACUUUAGCAUCUGGUUCACCCAAAGCUGAAUUCUCAGGUAGUCACCAAGUAUAUAUCUCUAUUUUUUUUAAUCAGUAAAGGUAACAGCCAGGAUGCAAAUUCCCAUCUACCAAUAAAGAUCUGCAACUAGAUUUAACACAGAUUGAUAGAAAGCUGACUGGAAGUCCAGAGAAGGUUCCUGACUUUCCCUUGGUCAUAUAGCUAGUAUGUGUCAGAGAUAGGACUCAUAUCUGAUUUUCUGGAUUCCAAAGUCCCAUUUACUAGGUCCUAUGGUUGUUGCUUGGUUGUUUCAGUUAUAUUUGGCACUUUGUGACUGAGCCUACAUCUGAGCAUUUGGGAGUUUUCUUGGCAAAGCUCCUGGCUUGGUUUGCCAUUUCCUUCUCCAACUAAUUUUGUAGAUGAGGAAACUGAGGCAAAUAGGGUUAAGUGACUUGGCCAGGGUGACACAGCUAGUAAGCAUCAGAAGUCAGACUUGAAUUCAGGAAGAUGAGUCUUCCUCACUCCAGGCCUUGCCCUCUACCCCCUGUACUACCUGGCUGCCAUAUUGACUUUUUAUAUAAGAGAUUCUGAUUUGAAGGGUGCAACCUAUGCAGAUGUUAAGAUGACAUAAAUAUGUGGAGAGUUUUUGCAGUUGGCUCCCAAAAAAUAACAACAAAACAUGGGAAAAUGGAUGUGCCCCAUGUUGUGUUCUUGGUAUAAAUGCACUACAGACCUCAGUAAUGCUGAAUGUCAGGUCUGGACACAGUGACACUUGAUAAAUCCCAAGUACUCAGGUGUAGUAAUUUUUCUUUCACCCAGGCCAGACAUGAAGCGAAUGAAUUUUGUGUGGAGUGAGCUAAUAGAAAGAAAGGGCUAAGAUAUGCAACAAGUCACCUGUUUCAGGGUCUUCUCUUGUUUACACUUUCUGACAUUGGUUGGCAAAAGCUAGGAGGAUCCUGACAAAAGGCUGUUCUCUUAGAGAGUUUUGAUAAUUUUGACUGUCUUUGAACUUAUAAUAAUUCCGAGGGAAUGGGGAUAAAAUGACAAUUCAAAGGCAUUGUGUAGGCUUUAAUUUACUCAUUUAGAAAUUUAAAAUUUCAUCUGUCUUUUUUUCUUCCUUUUCACAAGAUAGACUUGACAACUUAAUUGAAUGUCUUCUAUGUGGACCAUCGGACUCAGUCCAUGCCAGGCUUUGUGCCUUUUCAAAACUCUCCUGUUCUCUCCUAUGACAUCAUUCAUGGGCAUGGGAACAGAGUUUGCUAGAAACCUCUACAGAAAUGAGAUUGUUAAUCUCUUGGAAUAAAGGCCACUACCACUGCCUUUUAAAAGUCUCACUUAUAACUUGUACUUCAAGGGGAACUUGAUAUUGGCCAUUACUGAAAAGCACAAAUACAAAACACCUACCCAAAAUGACUGAAAAAUUAACUUGGGGGAUUUUUCUAGAUCAUUUGUAGCUGGGAUAACUAGAGAAAUGUGAAUAAUCUACAGGUUACCCCCUAUAUUAUUCACAAUAUCACAUAAUUAUAAAUACUCAAAUAGCAUCUUCUUGACAUCAAUUUGUUCUUGUAUUUUUUGAAAAAGAGACAAAACUGGAUGAAGAUCUGAGUUCAAGUCCAGCUUCAGCCACUUAUUAGCUGUGGGAACUUGAGCAAGUCACUUAAUUUCUCACCAAAUUUCCAAUUUCAGGUAUAUUUCAGGUGGUAAAAGCAGUGUAUGACUUCUAAGUUACAAAGAUGGGGUUUGAUUACAAAGGAAAAUGUAAGGAAAGAUCCAUUGUGGAAUAGUGGAAAAAUCAAUGGAAUAAAAUCAGAAUAAUAACCCCUGAAGAAUGCAACAACUCUUCAGAGCUAUUCUGAGGACAGUGUUUUGCAAACCUAAAGAGUGAUAUAAAAAUGUGAGUUACUUUUAUUAAUUCUUUAGUAAAGAACGAUUCUCCUUGUUUACCUUAAAGCCCUCUCUAGGAAUGUCUCACUUUGUCAUCUUUUUCACUAUACUUCACUUCGAUUUUAGAAGGUUACCACAAAAUCCAGGACUGACAACCCUAAAUCCAGUUGAAUUCACACUGUAUCCUGCACAAAAUCAUUGUUCUGUUUUCAACAUUUAACCAAAUCAAGGGGCACACAUGGAUUGAAGUCAAGACUAUUUCUUGGCAUCAUUAAGGAGCCCUGAUGGAACAACUAUGGAGGAAGGUGAAUAAUCUACAUUUAAUGAACAUAUAGAGAGGAAGCAUAAUAUAAUGAAUAGAGGGUUGAUGUGGGAAUCAGGAAGGCCAACAUGUGUCCUGCCUUUGAUGCAUAUUAAUUGCAUGACUAUAUGCAAGCCACAUAAAGUCCCAUUGUUACGGAUCACUUCGAGAAAAGAAAUUCCAGAUACCUUGCUUGUCUACACUGGUGACAGCCUUUUCUACAUUGGCAAUUUCUUACACUUAUUCAGUGACAUUAUGAGAACAGAUGCCUCCUCUGUCAACCCCUUCAAAAAAAAAAAAAGAUUGUAUACUUGUAUACAAUCGGGGGUUAUUUUUCUUUGGCUUUUUAGAGCAUAGCCAGAAAUCCUAAGAAUCAACAAACCUGAGAUUUAAUUCCAGCUCUGCUGCUACUAUGUCUGACCUUUAUGUAACUUGCAAGGUGCUUUGUAUAAUAUUGCUUCCUUUGGUCCUCCUUGUAAGCUAGAAAGUAGAUACUGCAUAUAUUAUUAUGCCUGGGUCAUAGAUAAGGAAUAAAGCACUCAGAGAGGUGAGGGGAGUUAUUUUAUAUGCCUAAGGUUUGCACAAUUCUGAGAGUUGGGAGUGUAGCUCUAGUUCUCAAGAAGCGCCUAAGUGUGAGAUAAGAUCUUGAGCCACAACUCAGUUGUCCAAGAUCCCUCAACUAUUAAGUGUGCUAAAUGAGGACACGCUUUGAAGCCUAAUGAAAGAAUUCUUCAUUAUUAUUUACCUACCACAUAUGAGGCAUUGUUCUUAGCAUUUAACAAAUAUUAUCAUUUUUUCCUCACACCAACUCUAGGAGGUAGGUACUAUUGUCAUCCCUGUUUUUCAGGAAUCAGAGACAAACAAAUGAUUUGCUCAGGGUCACAGCUAUUAUAUGUCUGAGGCUGGAUUUUAAUUCCUGUCUAAGAGUCUCCAGGUACAACAUUCUAUCCACUGUGCUAUCUAACUAUAGUAUUGUGGAAAGGAAGAGUGCUGGAUUUAAAUCAGAGGGCUAGAGUUCUAAUCUUGACCCUGCUAAUUAGCUGUAUGACUUUGUACAAAUUACUUAACUAUCCUUGGGAUUAAUUUCCUAAUCUUAAAAGUGAGGAUGUUGUCUAUAGGAUAUCUACAAAGAUGUCUUCUUACUGUAAAACAGUGGUAGCUUGAUACAGGGGCAAGCUUGCAAACUAUUAUAUUAAAAUAUUAAUAAUUAAUCCUUUGCAUUUCAUAGUGUUUCAAGUUUUCAAAAGAUUCCCUAUAUCUUAUUUCACUUUAUCCUCACUUUAUCCUCCUUAUUGCUCUGUAAAGAAGGUAUGUUAGGUAUUAUAUUCCUCGUUUUACAGGUGAAUAAAAUAAUAUUCUCAUUGAGGUUAUAAAACAUAAAUUGAAUAAAGUAUGAAAAAAUUGAGAUGUUCAUUCAGUUUGGGAAGUAGGGCUAAAAAAGACUUUAUGAAGUCUUUACCUUACAAAGCCCUUUCCAUCAAUUAAGAGUAAUUCCAAUCAGUAGUACCUUUCAAAAUUAUAAGGCCAGGCAAUAUUCAUCAUGUACUUUACCCCUAGUCACCAACUGUAUGUUUUCCUUGACGCUGAGGUACCCUACCUCCCUCCAAUGAAAAUAGCAAAAACCAACUGGCCUAGGAUUUAUGAGACAGUUCCUAGUUCCCAUUUUGCCACUAACUAGCUUUGUGACUUUGAGCAGUCACUUAGCUUCUUUGGCCAUUAGUUUUUUGUUAUCCACAAAAUGAGAGCUUUCCAUAUUGCUUUUCCAAUUAAGUAUCUACAAAUCUAUUCCCCCUAGCUUUCAUUAAAAGGGAAAAGAGCAUCUUCAAAGAAUUCUUCCCUGACCAUUCUCUAGGAAAAGAAAAACUAUAAAGGCAGAAAAUUAUAGAAGAGAAAAAAGAAAGAAUUGCAAAGAAAAUAUAGACAUAAUUAGAAAGAACUAAUUUCUAUUAUACAGAAAUAAACUUAAAUCAACAUUAAAAAAUCAAAGUAAAUUUAAAUUGAAUAGUCUUGGAUGUAAUGAAAAUUAUUCAUUGGGACUCUAAUCAAAACUCUAUCCAAAAUCUUCUGGUGGGUCAAGGCUCUGAGUGCAUUUGAUGUAGGCAUAUUCUUGUAGUCAGUCCAUUUAGCCUCAUGUCAGAAUCAUAAAAACCUUGGGAUCCCCUUCUGCCUGUGACAUUUAGGAUAAUAAGAUGAUAAUUUUAGAGCCAGAAGGAAUCUUGGAAAUGAUCUAGUAAAAGCAAACUGAGACCAGGAAGUGUUAAGUGACUAACCAAAGAUCAGCUUGGUACAGUAUAUCGUAAAGAUGUGAUUUGAUUCAAAAUCCAGCCACUGUGCCUGGCACAUAGUAGCCACUUAAUAAGUGCUAGUUGUUCCCUCACACUAGCUGUGUAACCAUUUCCAAGCAUCAAAAUCAUUUUAAGACUCAGUUUCCUUGACUGAAAAAUGAAGAUUAACAUUUUAUGGUUUCUUGUUGGGUAACAAGUGGGAAUAUAUGGAAAGUUCUUUUGACAAGCCUCAAAGAACUAUAUAAACCAUUAUAAUUACUGAAUAUGGCAUCUCAGAGAUCAUGAUGCUACCUUAAUACAUUGAACUAAUGUAAUUUCAUCAUUAAGGACAGGACCUCCAUUUUUUUCUGCUCCUAUGUGACUGUAACCCGUCUUUUACCAUCAAUUCUCCACAACAGAUUUACCAAAUAUUUUGGAAGCCUUCCUCUUAAUCAUUUCUUUCUUGAGAAUGCUAUUAUAAAACUCAAUUGCCCAGACUCUUAUUCUCAGUUGGUGAGUGGAUCAUCUCAUUUUCUAGGCAUCUCCUUGAUGAUAUCACUGAACAUUCAACAGUGCUUUACAAUUUAAAAAGUCCUUCCUGACUUUCUUCAAUUUGAUUAACACAACAGUCCUUUGUGGACUGGUAAUAACUAACAUUUCAUUAGCACUUAAAGUUUUAUAAAGCACUUUCUUCACAACAAACCAAUAAAGUAGAAAAUGUAAGAAUCAUUCUACUGAUGAGGAAACGGGCUUAGGGAAAUUAAAUGACUUGUUCUAGGCCACGCAGAUAGCAAAGUAUCAAAAACCUGAAUGUGAUCAUUGGCCACAAAAAUCAGGGUGGGAGCUCAUUUCUUUUUUACCUUAUUCUCAUAGCAUUUCCCAUUUCCACACUCCUUUCCUCUCAGCACAGUUCCUUUCUCUUAUUACUACCUUUAUAGCCCUUCCCCUUCCUUCUCUCUCAUGAACAUAUUUAUUUGGUCCCAAUGUUUAUAUUCUCUUGUACCUCACUUUACCAGCAGAGUUAAUGAGGGUUAAUGCCUUUAAUUAUAGGUUAAAACAAUGGAAAGUUGAUGUUUUGAUAACAAUCAGCUUUGCAGGAAACUCAAAUUUGUUGAAGUACAAUAAUAAUGGCAGCUCAGUGAUGAGUACAUAUGCACAGUUUUUUGUGACUGUUUAUUGCUAAUUAUUCUACUUAGAGCUCAAUUGAAUACCGUAAAGUCCUUGAGAUAAAAGGCAAAUUGGGAGCAACAGUAUCUACCUUUCUUGUACAGGUGACAUGUGAAAGUAAUCCUUAACAUUAGGCAAUCUAUAUUUCAAAAUUGAAAAUUAAAAUUAUGUAAAGGGAAUCCAUUUAAAAUAUAAGAGAAAUGAGUUCCAAGUUCCCCAUCCCCAUUAAAUAUAUUCCCUUAUUGGAAAGAAUCCAUCAUGUUGUUUUUUUCAGAUUUUUGCCAUUGCUGGCACAGUACCACCAUGGUUAUUUUUAAUUACAAGGAAAGUCAGGACUAAUAAAUUAUACCCACAUUCCUAAUAGGCAGUAACUAUUUAGAUUAUAUUACUGAAUACAAUUUUUUCUCAUUUUAAAUAAAAUAGUACUUUGUUGUUAAUUCUCUGCCAUCUAUAUGAAUAUGGUUGCUAUAAGCUAGAAAAUACUUCGGAAUGAAUCCUCUACAGUGCAGAAGAGUAUAUUUUGCUUGUCAAAAUAGACACAUAGCAUAUGUUUAGGGGAGAUGUACAUAGGCAAAUGGUGCCGUCAAACUAGUACAGGCAGUUUGGUUUGGGGGCUCAAGGGCUAGACAUGGAAUUGGAAAUAUCUGGUUCAAAUCCUGCCUCACUUAUGCACUGGGAAAAUGAUUGGCCAAGUCAUAAAACUUCUUUGUCUGUUUCCUUAUCUGUAAAAUGAAAGAGUUGGACUAGGUGCCUUUUAAGAUCCUUUCUACUUCUAACUUUAUGAUCCAAAAAGAUACAGAGAUGGGAUGGCUAUCUAAUGUAACAUUCAUUUCCCCUUAAACUUUUCUUUUUAAAUGAUAUUUUCCUUUCAAUUAUAGCUAUUCCUCACAGAACAUUUAUUCCUCCUCCUUAUUUGUUAGUAAAAUCCACUAGUAAAAAAACCCAAUUUGGUUGUUCUUGCAUAUGUUGUAGGGAUUUUGUGGACCAAAGGCUUAACAUGAGCUAGCAGUAUAAUACAGUAGCAACAAAAUUUAAUGUAACCUUAGGUAGCAGUGUUAGAAUUCUAGCUUCCAAAUCACUUUGCUAUGCUUUGGUUUGACUAGAUCUGAUAUAUUCUGCUCAGCUUUAGCUGUCCUAUUUUAAAUCUGGGUGAACUUGGGAACUCAUUUAACUUCUUGGGGCCUCAGUUUCUUCAUUUGUACAUUGAUAAAUUUGUACAAAGUAUUUUCCCAAUUUUCCUACCAGCUCAAAUUUGAUCGAGGUAGAAAAGGGUGAAAAUUAUGAUUAUAACAAUAAAAAUGAAGGUCAUUCACAAGCUGAAGAUGGGAGAGACGAGUAGGUUAAAGGUCCUCGAAGCCAUAUUAAAUAAAAAACACUUGAAAGAACUUAUGGAUGUUUGGUCUGGUGAAAUAAAGUCGGGAAGACAUGAAAACUUUAUUUAACUUAUGGAGAAGAGUCAUAGGGUGGGAAAAGAUCUGACUUGAUUUGCUUGAUUUUCUGAGGGGAGAACUAGGUUUAGUGAAUGAAAAUUGAAAGAAUUCAACUAGAUUUAGCUCCCUAGAUCACUAGAGAUUACAUGAGUAGAGCUGUCACCUGAAAGAAUGUGUCCUAGAUAAUUUUGAGUUUCCUAAUGAGGUAUUCCAGUAUAAACCAGAUGGCUAUAGAUAUCAUUUGAGAUAUUGUAGAGGGGAUUUCUAAAUCAGGUUGAGGACUGGAUUUCACAAGUACUUAGGUUCCCUUUAAAUCCAGUGUUCUAUGAUUGUGACAUUAGAGUUCUACACUACCUUUAGAAUUUAAAUAAGAUUUAUCUUGCUAUGUGAUUGGAAUGAGGCAGAUGACUGGAUGACAUUAGACUAAAUGGUGACAAAUAGCAUGGCUAUAUUUAAAAUAAAUAUACUACUCUGUAAGCCCCCGGGGCUCAUUUAGAUGGAUAUAUUUGCGUAACAUUGUUUGACCUACUUUGUUUCAAACUUCCACAUGUGGGAGUAAUGCUCUAUUUCAAUUUUUAUGAGAAUUUUGAUGAUCUUGGAAAUAGUUCCAGCUUCAAGUAGGUUUCACCAUCAGACCUAAUUGAAGCACUAAUAGUGUUUGAAUAAAUCUGUACAACCUGUGAUAUUUCAUUAUUUGUCUUCAUCAUCAGAAGAUAUUUGAUUUCAUCAGUGUGAGUUCUUUUUCCAUUAAUUCAGAUGAUGAUUUUUCCAUAAUAUAAUAGCCAGCCUUCAUCAGUUGCUGUUUUCAGGUUAACCUGAUGACCAACCCUUCUGAUGAUGAACCGCUGUAAAGUUGGGCAGGUUGGUCCUCAGAUGACAGACAUAUAAUAACACUUGAUUUUUCUUGUCUUUGGGAAAAGUCUGAGGUUAAGAAGGGGCUGGAUAGAGACAAGAAGGGGGUAUAUUUAAUAGCUAAAAUAGAAAUUCAAUUAUUCUUUUGAAGAGGGAGCACAUUGUGACCUGGGGCAGUAGGGGCAGUUUCUCUUACAUUUAGAGAAAUAGAAUGACAUCUUAAAUGUCUUUAGGAAUCUGAGGUGAUCUCCUCACCAUGAGGAAGCAUUGAUGUAGGGUAUCAGUGCUGAGCAUUCUAUUGUAGUUCUGUAAUUUGGUGGGAGAAGUUAAAGGUCUCAUUGUUCUGUAUAGUUCCUAUAAGAAUAGUUCCUUGACAUUUUAUUCAGUGUGAAUAUGCCAAGAAUGCAGAAUGCUUGCAUGAAAAUCUAAAGUAUUUCACAAUUUGUAAUAUUGGAAUGAACUUUAGUAACCCCUAAGAUUGAUCUUUAAUUCUUCCUUUUACAUUGCAAGCUUGAAAAACUUUUGUUAUGUUAGAAAACUUCCCAUUAUCCUAUUCAAGAUGUAGAAUGUAUUUUUAGGCAGAAAUGCAUGUGGAACAGCCUGUGCUUUAUUGUUUUUUUGUUCACUUAGAUGAGAGAUAUGUCCUUUGGGUGUGAUAUUCAAAACACUUCAAAGCUUAGAUAAGUACACUGGUGUCUGGAACUCUAUAGGGAUUACAGUUUUGUCACAAAAUAAUUAAGCCUUUCUUAAAUACAUGAUGGUUCCGUCUGACCCUCAAAAAUUGAGAGCUAACUUACAGUACCCUAGUAUAUUGCUUGGGAAGGUGCACUAGUAAAGGGAUGUUAAUAGCUUUUCUUUAAAAAAAAUAUCCUGAACAAGUGGUCAUUCUACCUCUGCUUGCAGACCUCCAGUGACAGGGAAAUUAGUACUCUAAAGCAAUUCGUUUAUUUUUAGACAUCUCUAAUUAUUAGGGAAUAUUUCCUCAUGUUCAGUUAAAUCUGCCUCCAUAAUGUCCACACAUUGUUCCAACUUCUGCCCUUCAGGGUCAAAUUUAAUCCUUCUUCCAGUAGACACUGAUUUCAUAUUUGAAGCUCCAUUUUUGUCAUCAUUAAUUUCUCUGCGUAUUUAUAUAUAAUUCACUUCAAGUUCUACAGCUUGAAAUCUGGAGUCCACUGCCCAGUUUUUUUUUGGGGGGGGGUGGCUUUUUGGUUUUGGCUUGUUAAGAGAAUGAGUGGUCAUUGGUAGUCAUGUGUGCUACAAACUGGAGGUUAAGAGGACCUGCCCGAUUAGAGCCCAAAGGUUUACUUGAUCAGAGUUCUUUUAGAGUGGAAUUCAGGUCAAUUAGUACUAGAAUCAGAGAGUAUCUAUCAUUUUUGUCCUAUGUUUUCUAAUUUGGCAAGCAAACCCUAAGGGGAAAAAAUCAGAGGUAAGUGUGGGGAUUCAGGGUAAAAACUGAAUUGCCAUGACUGAGGUUCAAAGGGAAUCAGAAAAAUCUGAUGUCAAGAAGGGCUGAAUAGAGACAAGAGGAGUACAUUUAAUUGCUAAUACAGAAAUUCAAGCAUUAUUCCUUUGGAGAGGUAGCACAAUGUGACCUAUGAUUGUAGGGGAAAUUUCUGUUACACUUAGAAACUUAAAAUAAGACAUCUUAAAUGUAUAUUUAUCUUUGAUGCCCACAAACAGCUAACGUUUCUAUUGGCAUACGUGGGGUUUAAAAGAUAACCUUUUCUUUAACGAGCCUAUACCUGAUUUGAAAAGGGACUUCAGAAAGUUGACUAAUAUCCAUCAUUUUAUCAGCACAAUUUUAGAAUAUAAUACAUGUUGCAUAUUCUUCAUGCUAUUGUAUAUGGAGUAUUAUUUGGCUAAAUCUAUUUCACACCAAAUGAUGUUGCUUGAUUAAGUCUGGUUUUAUGCUUUGACCUUGAAAAUCCAUAUUGAGUCCUGCCACCUUAAAAACGUAAAACCUAUCCUACUGUGUAGUGAACAAAAUAUUGAACCUUAAUUUUUCAAAACCCUCAAUGUACCUCAUUGGCAUCUCACUAGCUUCAGAGGAAGAACUAGGGCCAAUGGGUGGACAUUACAAAUAGUUUUUGACUAAUCAAAAUUUUCCCAAACUAGUUAUCAAAAGAGAAUGUUACUUACUUUGAGGGGUAGAAAAUUCCUAAUCAACGGAAGUCAAAGGGUUUGAAUGACCAUUUUUCAAGGCUGUUGUUUUUUUGGACUCAAGAGGGAUAAGUAGUGGGUUAGAUGAUCUCUGAGAUCUCUUUCAAUUCUAAGAUUCUAUGACUCUACCCAUUACAGGUGUCUAUUCUCCAAAUAAUAGAAAACCUUCUAGAAACUGCCUAUCUAAUCAUUUUACUGUAGGUACCAAUCUAACAUGACAGUGAAGAAAAUUGUUUCAGUCAAGUUAACAUCCUGUGUAUGAAUUCAUUUGUAUAUAUGUAUGUAUUCAUGCAUAAAAGAAAAAGAGAAAUAAAGAAGCUAAAAUCUGAUUAAUUUAGAAAUUUAACUCUCUAGUUUCAUGAGUUUUGGAACUAGAAGGAAUAUUUAUUUCAAUCCCUCAUUUUACAUUUGAGAGGUAAGUGCACUUGCCUAAAGUCACACAGAAAUAUAGGGAAGAUUCAAACCCAGCACUUUCAAUUAAUAUUGUCCAAUACAAAUUCAGAGCUCUCAUUACUACACCAUAUUGCCUCUGUUAUGUGAAUACCUUAGGAGAAGUAAGCAAUGUUAUUGGCGAAAUGAAACACUCAAAGGUUAAUUGAAUUUUCCCACUGCUUAGAAUGUAAAACAAUCUGAACGAUGGUAUCAUUAUAUGAACAGAUUCAGAAGUGGUCCAAUAAUUGUGGCUGUUUUGAAACUUAAAUUUUAUUUGUACUCUAUCACGAACAUCUACAAAUCCUGAAAAGAAACCUGUCUGAGAAGAAAGGUCAUGUAAAACUGUGACUUACAUUCCAUUGCCUUUUACUGAUGUCAAUAAAUUUCUCCAUUAACAGCUCUUAA